AUGACCAAUGUCACCACAGUGAUGGAAUUCCUGCUCCUGGGGUUCUCAGAGGUCCGGGAUCUGCAGCUGGUCCACGCUGCGCUGUUUCUCCUGCUCUACCUGAUGGCGCUGAUGGGGAAUCUCCUCAUAAUCGCCAUCACCACCCUCGACCGGCGCCUCCACGCCCCCAUGUACUUCUUCCUCAGGAAUCUGUCCAUCCUCGACCUCUGUCUCAUCACCGUCACUGUCCCCAAAUCCAUCCACAACUCCCUGACUAAUGACAGAUCCAUCUCUUUCCUGGGCUGUGUCCUCCAAGUAUUUUUGGCUCUUUCAUCAAUUUUUACAGAAUUGGUCAUCCUCACAGUGAUGUCCUAUGACCGCUACGUGGCCAUCUGCCACCCCCUGCACUACGAGGUCAUCAUGAAUCGAGGGGCCUGUGUGAAGAUGGCCACCGCUUCAUGGCUGAGUGGGGGGCUGUCUGCUGUGUUACAUACAGCCAGCACCUUCUCCCUCUCCUUCUGUGGGUCCAACGUUGUAGGUCAGUUCUUUUGUGACAUCCCCCAGUUACUCACCAUCUCCUGCUCUCCUGACCUCUUCAGAGAGGUUGUGCCCAUCUGCGUCAAUGUGGCAUUCGACUUCUGCUGUUUCGUUGGCAUCAUCAUGUCCUACAUCCAUAUCAUGGCAACCGUGCUGAGGAUUCCUGCCACAGAAGGCCGGACCAAAGCCUUCUCUACCUGCCUGCCCCACCUCGUCGUCAUCACUCUUUUCCUUUCCAUGGGGUUCUUUGCCUACCUCAAGACCCCCUCAGACUCUCCCUCAGUUAUGGACCUUGUGGUGUCCGUGUUCUACACGGCGGUGCCCCCCGUCCUGAACCCUCUCAUCUACAGCCUGAGGAACAGGGACAUGAAGGUCACAGUGGGAAAGUUCUUAAAGGGGAAAUUUUGCACGAGAGAGAAGUCUCUGCACAUCUCCCAUUUGGCUUAG